UGUAUAUAAGGGAAGCUUAAUUACAGAUAAUGAAAAAACUGCAAUAAUUUUAUCCAGCAAUUCUUUACUAGAAGCUUUAUCGUCCGCUACUGAAAUCUAUGUCGAUGGAACAUUUUCUGUUCUCCCACGUAUGCCUCAUAUGGCACAACUCUAUUCUGUACAUAUACGAUAUAUGAAUACAGGCAUUGGAACAUUAUUUAUAUUAUGUGAUGUACGUACAACUACUAUGUAUGAUGCUUUAUGGGACAAAAUUAUACAGAUGGUACCACAACUUAAAGAAAACGUUAAGUUUAUAAUGAGCAAUUUUGAAAUGGCUGCAGUAAAAUCGCUUAGUACAAAAUUUCCCAGAGUAAAGUUAACUGGAUGUUGGUUCCAUUUCAAUCAGCCAGAUAUGUUUCAAGAAGCUAUGUCUAUUAUACAAAUCGAAGCUGAUAUCCUUUUUUGCGAAUAUCCAGAUAUUUUACAAUUUACAUCCUAUCUGAGGCGUACCUGGUCAAAUAUGGCAUCAAGAAUUAGUACCUAUGAUUGUCCUAUACGUACUAACAACAUAGUAGAAAGUUUUCAUAAUAUUGCGGCACAAAAGCUCGGCACGAAAAAUAUUAAUAUUUGGACGUUUCUAGAAAAAUUAGCAGAUUUGAUUACUGAUCAAGAACUGGAUUUUCGUCGUUUAAGAAAUAAUGUUAGACCUCGACGAAACCAUACACGGACAAAUAGAGAACGCGAUAUUAAAAUUAUUAAUGCAUAA